AUCAACAUAAUGAAACUCUGGGAAAAUCUAAUUUUAUAGUCACUGCUGUUAGCAUAAUCAGUUCACGUCAACAAAAUACUAACAUUUUUAUUCAUAUUAUUGUAUUUUAUCUAAAGAAUACAACAAGAGAUAAUGAUUUAGAAAGAUUUGAAAAAGCAUCUGACAUUUGCAUACUUAAUCUUGAAAAAGAUAAUCUACCAAAAUCAUUACUAUCCAUUACAUUAGUAGGUAUAGCAUCUGAUAAUUCAGAAACCAAUGAUGAUAAAGUCAUUUUGAAAUUAAAUACUAGAGAACAUAUUGACAGCCAAAAUAAUAAAUCUUUUUCAUUUGAUUUAUAUCAUUUUUUGGAAGAAAGUCAUUUGUUGCUAAUUACAAGCAAGGUUUCACGUGGAUCAUCAUUAUAUAUUACUGGAUCUCUAUCUCUUAUUGAUGAUCUCUUACUU